ACUACACCAUCAAUAUUAUACGAUGCAGGACAUUCCGGAAAACGAGUUGGAGAUCUAUGAGGGGGUGGAUCAGAUCAGGGCCGAGUUGCGCGAGCUGAAGAAGGAUCGCUCGCAGUAUAUCAAGACGGCGGAUGUGUUGGCGCAGUACGAGAGGUUGAUCGAGCAGGUGGACAAGCUUGUUGCAGUAAGGGAGGGUGAUGGUGGUGCAAGAUACGAGGAGGAUGACAAGAUGAAUAUUUUGUUGGACGACACUUUCCAGCUUCUGUCCGUGUUUUUUCUCAGCAUUGGACGCACGCACUCUACACCCGCCACCUACAUGCAAGCAGCAACCAUCAAGCGUCUUCUCGACCAUUUGAAGGAAGCUGGAUCGUACACUGAGAAUGACCUGAAACCAAUUUCGGAGCGUUUGGAGCAGAUGGAGUCAAUCAUCGCUGCGGACGAGAACGCACCCGCAGGACUGACCCGAUUCUUGCACAGAAGGUUGGAGGCGUGCAAGAUCAUCCUCGCCGAACUGUACCACGACAUCUGCCACCUCUCUCCCGAACUCGUUCCCAUACAACAAAAACUAGUCAGCAUCAGGCGUCAAAUGACCGGUAUCGCCUCGAAGAAGUCCUACAGCCCGACAGAACUCAAGCCCCUUCAAGAAGAACUCAGAAAACUCGAUGCUCUCCGCGUGGAUGGAAACUGGCUGUCCCCCAACGGCGGAAUCCCCGAAGGUCAACAGCUCUGCCAAGGUCUCCUCUCCGAAGCCUAUGAACUCGCGCAAGACCUCAUCGCAUCCCAAGGUGACGUCGCCGGACCCUUGCGUCCAAUCUUCGAACAACUAUCCGAACUGAAGACCCAGUUGGAGAGACUAUCCCUCCUCCACCGCUGGACCCUCCGCGAAACCGACCUCUACACCUUCCAACAGCGCCUAAAAUCCCUCGAAUCCCAACGCACCGGCGGCAAAUUCCACGCCCCAGACGGCACAAUCCCCUCCCGCGGUCAAUCCGUCCUCCUCUACGUCCUCCGCCGUUCCUACGCUCUCCUCUACUCCCUCCUCUCCGCAUCCGAACCAGUCUCCGAAGCACUGAUGCCGAUUCAUAAUCAGUUGACUACGGUCCGGAGAUGUUUGCUUGAUGUGCAGAAAGGUGGGGGACCGUGGAGUGCGAGGGAGUUGUAUCCGUAUGCGAUGAAGUUGGCUAGUAUUGAUAAUUUGAGGGUGGAUGGGAAGUUUGAGGGGGUUGGGGGGACGGUGCCGGAGGGGCAGGGGGCUGUGCAUGCGUUGUUGAGUGAGUGCUAUGAUAUUUUGUAUGAGUUGAGGAGUGAGGCGGAAUAGGCACGGGCACGGGCACGGGCACGAUAUUGCGGCAGCUGCUGAGGUGGAGGAGAAAGUGUACGUUUGCAUGAUAUCCUUGAUUUUCUUGGUUUGUUUGGUCUUGAAGUUUGUCGGCGU